AUGUAUUUCAUACCUGAGGCCGGCAUUAGGGAGACGACUUCUCGUCCGGACGUCCUCCAGAUGAGGCGUGCUGGAAGUAUGCAACCCGUUUAUAGAAGAGAUGCUGCAGUCUGGCACCAAACAAGAAGUCUUCUCUACAAGAAUCUGCUCAUCAAAUGGAGGACCAAGCAGCAGAGUCUGCAGGAACUGGUCCUACCUCUGCUACUCUUGGGCCUCCUGAUACUCAUCAGCACUCUGAAUCCUCACGUUUACUACGGAAGCAUCAGCACCGCGGAGCUGGAGCGGCACGACCACUUCUUCAAGGGCCUGGGCUACACUCCAAUCAGCAACGUCACCAGCCACAUUAUGGAGGAGGUGGCCCAGGAGAUGCACCUGCAGGAUCGUCUGGAGAUGUUUGCCAGUGAGGAGGACCUUGAGAACGCCAGCCUGUAUGAGCCCUCCAGCUACGUCGGGGUGGUGUUCACGGACAGCUCGGCCACGUCGUACAAACUGCGCUUCCCGUACAUCGAGCUGCCGUUACCCAGCGACUACACGGAAUCCAUCGCCAACUGUUUCACCAGCUCGGGGAACUGCAGAGCAGCCAACUACUGGUACUCUGGCUUCAUCCGCCUCCAGUCCCUGAUCGACGCAGCCAUCAUCCAGAUGCAGACGAAGCGCUCCGUGUGGAGCGAGAUGGAGCUGAAGGUGGUGAUGAUGGGUCAGCCAGGCUCCGUCGAGGUGCAGAAGUUCCCCCACGCCCUCAUCUCCAUCUACCUGGUCCUGGCCUUCACACCCUUCGUCACCUUCCUCAUCGUCAAUGUGGCAGCUGAGAAGGAGCAUCGCCUCAAAGACACCAUGACCAUGAUGGGCCUCUACGACACCUCCUUCUGGUUGUCAUGGGGCCUCCUGUAUGCGGCUCUGGUCACCGCCAUGUCCUUCCUGAUGGCCAUCAUCGCUACAUACACAGCCCUGUUCCCCAACAGUGACUUCCUAGUGGUCUUCUUCCUCAUCUUCCUCUAUGGAAUAUCAUCGAUCUUUUUCUCCUUCAUGCUGACGCCGUUAUUUAAGAAGCCCAAGUUUGCCAGCACGGUGGGCUCCAUGCUGACGGUGGUGUUCGGCUGCCUGUCCCUGUUCACCGUGCUGAUGAAGGACUUCCCACAGCCGCUGGUCUGGCUUCUCUGCCUUCUCUCCCCCACUGCCUUCUCCGUCGGGAUCGCCCAGGUGGUGUACCUGGAGGCCCAGGGAGACGGUGCUGUGUUCUCCUCGCUGGCCAGCGGUCCUCAUCCUCUUUACGUGCCCCUGCUCAUGCUGGUGCUGGACUGCGUCCUCUACCUGCUGCUGGCUGUCUACCUGGACCAGGUGCUGCCCGGCGAGUUCAGGAAGCAGAGGUCCUUGGUGUACUUCCUGAAGCCAUCCUAUUGGUCCAAACGUAGAAAGCACUACGUUGAAGUGAGCUCCGUGUACGACGCGGAGGCGAAAGGAGCGCCUGACGGCGACGAGUCGGUGGAGCCGGUUUCCGCCGAGUUCAGAGGAAAAGAAGCCAUCCGAAUCAACAACAUCCAGAAAGUGUACAAGGAGAAGGACAACGUGGUGGAGGCUCUGAGAGGUUUGACCUUUGACAUCUACGAGGGCCAGAUCACGGCCCUGCUGGGGCACAGCGGGGCUGGAAAGUCCACUCUCAUGAACAUCCUGUGUGGCAUCUGCACCCCCAGUGGCGGCUCGGCCACCAUCUACGGCUCCCCCGUGGCGGAGAUGGCGGACGGCUCGGACAUGAAGCAGCUGGUGGGGAUUUGUCCCCAGUUCAACAUCAUCUUUGACGUGCUCACUGUGGAGGAGCACCUCAGGAUAUUUGCAGCCGUCAAAGGGAUCCUCCCCUCGGACAUCGACGCCGAGGUGAGCAAAGUGCUGAAGGACCUGGACUUGGAGAAGAUCAAGUCUGCUCAGGCCAAAAAUCUGAGCGGAGGCCAAAAGAGGAAACUCUCCGUGGGCAUCGCCAUCCUCGGGGACCCGAAGAUCCUCCUGUUGGACGAGCCCACGGCGGGCAUGGACCCCUGCUCCAGGCACCAGGUGUGGGCGCUGCUGAAGAGCCGCAGAGCCGGCCGAGUCAUCGUGCUCAGCACGCACUACAUGGACGAGGCGGACAUCCUGGCCGAUCGCAAAGCUGUGAUCUCUCAAGGAAUGCUGAGAUGUGUCGGCUCUUCAAUGUACCUCAAGGUCAAGUGUGCCGUUGGAUAUCAUCUCAGAAUGUCGACCAAUCAGGGAUGUGGAGCUGAGAACAUCUGUUCUCUGGUCACCCAGCAUGUUCCCAAGGCGACGUUGUCCCGAGCGCACGAAGCCGAGCUCACGUUCACGCUGCCUUUUGAGAGCAUGGACACGUUUUCAGGUUUGUUCUCAGAGCUUGAACGUCAACCCGACCUGGGAAUUAUCAACUACGGCGUUUCCAUGACGACGCUGGAGGAUGUUUUUCUCCGCCUGGAGGCGGAGGCUGAAGUGGACCAAGCCGACUACAGCGUCUUCAACCGGGAGCCGGCGGAGGAGGAAAGCGACGGCGCCGCCGUGGACGACCAGGACCAGCGGCUGCUGGCGUUCUCGGACAGCAAGUCGGACGUGGUGUCGGGUCACGCGCUGUGGCGCCAGCAGUUCAGCGCCGUGGCCUGGCUGCACAUGCUCAACAUGCACAGGGAGCGGAAGGCCUUCAUCUACACCCUGUCCCUGUUCCUGGUGUUUGUCUCCGCCGUGCUGGUCCUCUCGCUGGUCUCCGGAAACAUCCAGAUUCAAUCCCCCGAACGACAGUUUCUGCCCACUUACCUCCUCAAAAGCAACCAGGUGCAGCGGAGAUACGCCACCAGCCUCCUGGUGCAGAACUCCUCAGAAUCGGAUAUUUCCGACUUCAUUCACAACCUGCAGUCUCAGGACAUCAAAGUAGAGCUGAUGAAGCACAGCGACUACAUGGCCGCCGCCCCCCACAGCGCCGCCAUCAACGUGACCGGAUCCAGCAAGGGAUUCAAAUACAGCGUUGCGUUCAACAGCACCCCGGUCCACUCGCUGCCGAUGGCUGUCAACGUGCUGAGCAACGCUCUCCUGAGGGGCCUGAACGGCACCGGGCGGAUCCGAACCUGGACCAAACCCUUUGAUUAUCAAAUCCCCGACGCUACGUCCUACGCGCUGGUGUACAUCGAGGCCAUCAUACUGGGGAUGCUGGCUGCUGGAAUGCCGGCGUAUUUUGCAAUGGACCACACUCGAGACCGAGAGAUCAAGUGUCGCUCCACCCUUCGUAUCUCGGGUCUGCUUCCGUCGGCCUACUGGUGCGGCCAGGCGGCGGUGGACGUCCCCUUCUACUACCUCAUCCUGUCCUGCAUGACCAUCGUCCUCUUCUCCUUCCACACCGGAAGCCUGCUCACCUCCAGCAACCUCACCUCUGUGGUCCUGUGCACCGUCGGCUUCGGCCCGGCCGUGAUUCUCUUCACCUACGUGUUUUCGUUUGGCUUCGCUCGAGUGCAGAGCAACAGGGAUUUCUUCUCCGUCAUCUCCAUGAUGGUGUGCGUGGUGUCGGCCUCGCUGGUCCAGUUGUUGUUUGUGAACGACAACCCCGGACUGAGCAGAAACCUGCACAACGUCCUGUGUUUCUUGAACCCUCUGUAUCCGCUGAUGGGCUGCCUGAACUGCAUCACCAAGGCGACCUUCCUGCCCUCUCUCUACGAGGAGGACUUCCUGUGGAAAAACCUGGUCAUUGCUGUUCUGGCGCCGUACCUCCAGUGCAUCCUGCUGCUCUUCCUGCUUCGGUGGCUUGAGAUCCGUUACGGAGGGAGGACCAUCGGAAGCAUGUCGGCCAAGUCAAAGCCCAAAGUGGAGAAGAGCCCAGAAGAAGGACUGGGAGAGGACGAGGACGUUCGGAUGGAGAAGGCCAGAGUUAAGGAGGCUCUCACCUGCCAGUCCUGUGAGGAGAAACCAGCGGUGGUCGUGAGCAACCUGAGGAAGCAGUACAAAGGCAGAAGAGAAGGUUUCUCCCUCAACAAGACCAGGAAAGUGGCGGCUAAGAACGUCUCUUUCUGUGUCCGCAAAGGUGAAGUUCUCGGACUGUUGGGGCCCAACGGAGCAGGAAAGAGCACCAUCAUGCAGAUGUUGUCAGGGGACACGGAGCCCACAGCAGGACAGGUCCUCAUGGGGGACUACAGCACUGAGUUCCGUCCCGUGGACAGUCCUCUGGAGCACGUGGGCUACUGUCCCCAGGUGAACCCUCUGUGGCCCCGCAUCACUCUGCAGGAGCACCUGGAGGUCUACGCCGCCAUCAAGGGCCUGAGGGGACAGGACGUGCCGGAUAUCAUCAGACGGGUGGUGGACGCUCUGGAGCUCAAGGACCACCUGAACAAACAAGCCAAGACCCUGUCAGCGGGCAUCAAGAGGAAGCUGUGCUUCGCGUUGAGUAUGAUCGGGAACCCUCAGGUGGUCUUACUGGAUGAGCCGUCUUCAGGGAUGGACCCCAAGUCCAAGCAGCGCAUGUGGAGAGCCAUUCGCGCUGCCUUCAAGAACCGCCAGCGGGGGGCCGUGCUCACCACGCACUACAUGGAGGAGGCGGAGGCCGUGUGCGACCGCGUGGCCAUCUUGGUGUCCGGCGAGCUGAGGUGUAUCGGCUCCAUCCAACAUCUGAAGGGGAAAUACGGGCGGGGCUACAGCCUGGAGGUGAAGCUGCGGGAGGAGCUGAUGGGGCUCCAGCAGGUGGCGCUUCUGCACAAAGAGAUCCUCCGCAUCUUUCCGCACGCCGCCCGGCAAGAGAGCUUUGCUACUCUGAUGGUUUACAAGAUCCCCAUGGGGGACGUGAAGUCCCUGUCCAAGUCUUUCUCUCAGCUAGAGAGAGCCAAGCAAACCUUCAACUUUGAGGAGUUCAACUUCUCCCAGUCCACCUUGGAGCAGGUGUUCAUGGAGUUCGCCAAGGAGCAGGAGAACGAGGAGGACGAGGUGGGCUCCCUCAGCACCACCUUCCAGUGGCAGCGGCUGCGCCCGGACGCCUCCGCCCCCCACACGGACAGCGUGGUGCACCAGCUUUGAACUCCACCGAGAGGAGGAGCAGGCUGGCAGCGGACCGGCCCUCGAGCACCGGGGGGGGGGGGCCCGGCGCCCGCUUCACCCUGAGCCGCCGCCCUUUUUAUGCGCGUGGGGGGGAGGGGCCUCGCUGUGUUUUUUCGGGGUGUCGUUAACCCCGUUGGUGCUCCGUGGCGCCGGCAUCGCGUCGACCAAGUGGCCUCUGACACGUACUCCUUUUAUUUUCCUAAUCUUCACAGGAAGUCCGUGAAAGGGCAACAUCCUCUCCGUCCUCCUCAGCGGGGAACAGGACGUGUGUUCCUCCUCCGUUGGGUUGUUGUUUUUUACCAGAGCUGCGAUAUAUCCUCCAGCGUACCGAAGCAGCUCCUCUCACUCACACACCUGCCUCACCUGGAGGCGAGUCUUCAGUCUACAGUAGCAUGUGCACUAAUAGUCAUAGUCAUUUAUUGUGUGUGUGUGUGUGUGUGUGUGUGCGGCGGGAAGCGCUCUGAGUCUUUAGACCUUCCUUUAACACCAGCAUGCACGUCUCUACUCGCACGCCCUCCAGGACUGAGUGCAUCU